AAGUGAUUAAUUAUUCUUUUGCUUAUCUCGUAACCAAAGAGCUGCGAAAGGUUUGCAAGAUGAGCGUCUCGAUACCGAAGAUAUAUCGGUCCCGUUUUGCGCCCAGAAAAUAUUUUUUGGUGUAAAACCUUGAAAUACAGUUUUCUAUUGUUUUUUUAUUGUAUACAGUUUCUACUGUCAUGUUCUUUGUCAUUACAAAUUUUUAUAACCGUACUGGAAGCAGUACCAUAUUCAAUCUAUGAUACAUACAUAUUAAUCAAACAGUUGUAUUGCACAAACAGCCAGAACUGAGAAGCGAACACAAGAACAAAAAGAUGCUUUUCGAGGUACUGAACUUUCAGAGAUUGAUGACCAUGUUCUAGCUGCUCGUCAUAAAACAAACUGGAGCAUUGAAAUUCUUGCUUUUUGAAUCUCACGCAAUACUGUCUGACUGGGCAGAGCGCCCUGCAGUGCAAAAGAAAGUUUUUCUCUUUAACCUGGAACAUCUUAUCUCCAAGAAACUCACCAGAAAUACUGGAUGUGUUUCUCGUGCGUAACAGAAUCUUUUUUUUUUAUUAGUUAUCAGUUUUAAAAAAGUUGAGUGUCAUUAUUAUUUUCACAUGUACGAGAGAUAAAGAGCACACACAUGACCAUAUGGCAAAUUUACAUAUGGCAAACAGAAAGAAGAACACAUUGUAUUAGAAUAGUCGUCACUAGUGAUGGGCGGGUUUAACUUUUUUAAACCCGAACCCGAUAAAACCUGAUUCUUUUUUUCCAACAGAAUCUCAAAUUCAUCAUUUAAAGUGAUGGAGUGUACUAAUAAAUGAAUGUAGUUAAUAAAAUGAAAAAAGAGCACAUUUUUGUUCGAAAUAAGUUACGUACCAUAUAUCAAGCGCAGAUGAUAUACGUGUCUUUUGGUUCUGUAAAUCAAUCCGUACGUCAUAAAUUUCCUUUCUAGAUCAGAACAAGGUGUUAAAGUCGAAAAAUUAUAACUGCUUCGUCCCCUGGGACAAAUUAGAGCGAUACACCAAAAAAGUUGAUGUGCUUGGAGUAAAUUGUAUUUGCACCAAUAUCAAAAGUUAUCGGGAGGAUUUGGAACAAAUCUUCCAAACGCCUUAAACACUUGAUUUUUCUGAAAUUCUGAUAUUUGAAUGAAAUGUCGGAAUUAAAAAGGAUUCUAGUGGGCCCGUUUCACAGACCAAGCAUUUAUGGUUAAAAUGCGACGUCUCACAGCACCAAGCAAUGCUUUGAUCAAAAGUUAUUUAGUUCAGUUAUUUAUUCAGUUUUAUUAAGAACUGUAAAACGUGUGGCGUGCGCUGGCGCCACUAUGUUUCAAAUGUGAUUUUUGUUUUACGUGAUAAACAUUGUCUGGAAGGUUUCUCCCUGAAAUUGAGCGCUAGAGAGCUCCGAUUGGUCUUCAAUCAAAGCAAAGACAUAUGAAAACAAUGUAACAUAGAUCGACUUUUGAUUUAGGCCUUCAGUAAUUUAUAGUGUUGAAAGUUAUACGUCAGUUUUUGCGCUCUUUUCGAACUUUUCGGGCGAAAUACUUCGGAAAAUAAAACCAACAAAAAACUCAAAAACCCGGCUCUGCUACGUUAUUACUCUAGCUUCAUUUUAUGAACGAUCAUAGAUGAAGCCAUCAAAAUGCGCUAACUGUUCAUUAACAUACCGAACAUUUCCUACAAUUUUCACUUACAUCAUUGUUGUUACAUCAACGAGCUCAAAGUAAGUACAAACGUCGUGAGACAUUUAUUAAAACUGUAAGUUUUGCUUAAUUUUAUGUGAUAGAGAUCGAUGAGGGGACUAUCAGUAUGCAUAUCGUCAAAAUCGGAAAAGAAGAAGUGAUCAUUAUGAUAGUGAUUCAUUUGCUCAUUCUUUAUUUACCCCAAAACGUCGAAAUACCGAUCAGAAUGAAAGUUAUCAUCGAUACAUGCAAGGAAAUCAAGGGGCAACAACAAUAUCUUCAUCGUAUUUUAACAAUAAUCGUAUAUUUAAUAAACAAACAAAUGAACCAACGUAUCAGAAACGAACGUAUGAGUCAUCGAAUCGAAAACAACAAAAACGUGAAUCAUUUCCACCCUUUCGUAUUAGAUUGAAAGUUGACAAAUAUCCAACACAAGACGUAACCAUUAUUAAAGAACUGAAUCAAAAAUGUAAAUUAAAUUUAACCUAUGGUCGUAUAUCUACAUCGAAAAAUGACAAAUGUUACUUACUCUAUUGCAAUACGUCGUCACAAUUUGAAUCUCUUUUAGAUAAAUCCAAAUGGCCAGAUAAAAUAUAUGAUUGUGAAUACACGUUCGAUUUACCUCAAAAAAUUCCAUCCUCCUAUUCUGUUGUAAUGUUAAACAUUCCAGUUCAAUGGAAUGUCCAAGGUUUCUGUGAAGAAUUAAAACAACGAUAUAAAACAAUUGUGAAAGCUGAACGACUAUUUGUUAAAGGCUGA